AUGUGUACUAGGUUCUGCGCUAACGAGCGCAUCGUCUCUCCCUGGGAGCCACCAGUGCCGGUCACUGAUGUUCCCGGACGCAAGGACAGAGGUACUUAUGCCUUAUUGCAUGAGCUUGGCCACGUGGCAUGGCAUAUGCGACUUGACAGCCAUCGUGAUGAUCCCAUUAUGGACCAUGGCCCGAUUGGUGAAAUGGGGUUUGUGCUCGAGCACAUGGUAUGGGGCGGUACAGUCAAGAUAACCGAAGGCUUCGAAGUCCGCCCCGGCGUAUUGUUUCUCAAAGAAUAUCCAAGUGCUUCACUUUGUGCCGGCUACAAGUACAGCCAUCUUUCCUGCACUGUCGAUCCUGACGAGACGAGCAGCAUCGAUCGUCUGUGGCGUCUCCUGCACCACUGGACAACGUCUCUGUUUCGGGACAAUUAUUGGGACUUGGCAGUGGCGAAGCAUGGCGCCGAAGCAUUGAAGGUACCGCGGCUGUGCGGAUACGUGCGCACGUUGUCCAAAUGGAUCUGCGAUGAGGAGGACAUCGAGGCUGAAAGAGCCAUUCUCGAGAGCGUGAUCCUGAGAGACGACGCAGGCAACGAGGUGGACACCGGGCCCCUAAGCCCGUGUCCUGUGCUGAAGCGUAAGGGAAUUUCCGCAUGUGAAUGGGAAAAAACGCCACUUCAUUACUAUUACGACCCUAGUGAUAUCGUUGCAGGACAAGAAGAUGUCGACCCGCAAUUUCUGGUACCAAAAGGUCACUUGAUGCUAUGGGACGGUACCUUGAUACCUUCUACGCUGAAAGACAAGGUGGAAAAGGUUUUGAAGGACGGACAAGCACAGCCAUCAGACGGCGAUUUUGAAUAUGCUAUGUACUAA